CGAAUACCUUAUAUAGACUCGAGACUCGACGCCUCGAAACUCUCGACCUCAUUGUUAUCUAGCCCUACUCUUGCUAAUCUUUCCACGACGCAAUGACUACGCUAAUCCCGAGGCCAUCCUAUUCACGAGAGGAGCUUGACAAGCUUUAUCCGAAAGAGCUUGAGCUGCAGCUCGUACAGAUUCUUCUGCGCCAUGGUGAACGAUCACCAGUAUCUCCACGCUUCCAAAAUACUGGACUACAACCAUAUUGGCCCUACUGCAACUCUGCGCGCCAACUCACGAGCGUGAUCCGGAACACCAAGGACUUCUCACAAUGGGACCAACUCAAAUAUCGACGCCGUCUGGAGACUUUUGGCGCCUACGAUAGCCCCGUCAUUGCAGCCGGCCCCCAAGGAGAAUUCGACGCAAUAUGCCAACCGGGCGAAUUAACAGAUAAAGGCCGCGACACCACGCUUGCCCUAGGCCAGAGGCUCCGCCAUCUCUACGUCGACCAACUAGACUUUAUGCCCAAGCUCAUUGCAAGUAGCGAUAUGAUCUACCUUCGCGCGACACCCAUCCCACGCGCCCUGGAGUCCGUGCAACAAGCCUUCUCGGGCUUCUAUCCGCCCUCUGCCCGUACCGCUGAUUUUCCGCCACCGACGAUUAUUACUAGGACGCCGGCGGAUGAGACGCUGUAUCCUAAUGACGCGAGUUGUAGGCGUUUUGCCAAGUUAAGUAGGGCGUUUGCGCAACGGACUGCUGAAAGGUGGAAUGACACCGAGGACAUGGAGUAUCUGAGCAAAUUGUUCUCCAAGUGGAUGCCUGGGAAAGCGAAAGUCGCUGUGGACUCUCACCCAAGAUUGUCAGGCAUCAUGGACACGUUAAAUGCGACGGAUGCUCAUGGUCCGGAAACGAAAUUGCCGAAGGAGUUCUACACCCCCAAGGCCCGCGCAAUCAUCGAUAAGAUUGCCGUCGAGGAGUGGUUCCAGGGAUACAACGAGUCUGCGGAAUACCGUAUGCUCGGUAGCGGAGGUUUGAUGGGCGAUAUCACAUCACGCAUGACCGGUAGCGUGGAGCGCAAUGGCAACGACGGGCUUGUUGAAAUCGGCGGCAAUGAUGGAGAACUUGGCAAAGGUCGUGGUGGCGAAACAGACAUCAAGUUCGCACUUUCAGGAUGUCACGACACGACGUUGGCCGGCGUACUCACUUCUCUCGGUGCAUUUGAUGGCGAGAAUUGGCCCCCAUUUACGAGCCACAUUGCCUUUGAACUCUUUAGUAAACGCGCCGCAGCAGGUUUGUCCAGGCCCGCGCCGACUUUGCAACGACAGUCCAGCUCCAAGAAUCCGAGCUGGUGGUCGUCGCUUUUCGGCAGCACAAAGCCUUAUGAGGAAGCAUCGGUCGCACCAGAAGGUAUUUCCCGCAAGCCCAUUACAGAACUUACGCAGGCACAGCGAGAAGCGCUGCAAGGGUACUAUGUCCGCAUCCGCUACAACGAUAAGAUCAUGCAAGUUCCAGGGUGCAAACCGGAAGGCAAGCAUUUAGAUGGCGACACAACCUUUUGUACUUUGGAAGCGUUCAAGUCCAUUGUAGACAAGUACACGCCGAAGAACUGGAAAGCCGCUUGUACAAGCAGGUUGGAUGAACCAGCAUUCCCAGACAAGCCGGAGCCUGCUGGCUACGAGUAA